GUCACCGAGCCUGACCACCCGAUCCUGUUAGUCGCCUCUCACGUGGGGUAGCAUGACAUGAAUGGUGACCACUGUGGACUAGCAUGACAUGAAUGGUGACCACUCUGGACUAGCAUGACAUGAAUGGUGACCACUCUGGACCAGCAUGACAUGAAUGGUGACCACUCUGGACUAGCAUGACAUGAAUGGUGACCACUCUGGACUAGCAUGACAUGAAUGGUGACCACUCUGGACCAGCAUGACAUGAAUGGUGACCACUCUGGACCAGCAUGACAUGAAUGGUGACCACUCUGGACUAGCAUGACAUGAAUGGUGACCACUCUGGACUAGCAUGACAUGAAUGGUGACCACUCUGGAUUAGCAUGACAUGAAGAGUCAUUAUAAAGCAGAUCCGGGUCUUAGAAUAGGUCUUCAGCAACCCAUGCUUGCGACUAUGCCUAAAAGGCAAAAUAGUGUUGAAAAUCAUAUGCCCUGCCGGUCGCACCGCGACCCACAAAAUUUACACAAAAUAGUAAGUGUUUGUUUGUUGCCUGGAGGCGGUAUGCGACGCCGGUCUGUAAACAAACCGGACAGUCAAAGCCACACCACGUUAUCCCGUACACACAUCAUCGGCGGACGCAGAACAUGAAGUUGAACCGUUGGUCUUAGAUGGAGACGCUAAACCUACUACAGGCAAUGGCCUUUGUAAGUUUUGGCUUAUGGCGAACCUCUUCUGGAGAGAGAACAAUAUCAACUGACGGUGACUGGGCUGUCGAUUUCUCCUCAACAAGUGACAUAGACGUGGCUGGGACAGAGUGGCAAUACUUCAGUGUUCAAUGUUGUAAUGACGCCUUUGUGGUGCUGUUUUCACUCGACAAAUCAAAGCAAGCAGAGGCAGGACUUGGGAUAAUUGGUAAUGCAAAAUCUUUCAUGCGGUUAUGCCAAGGUUGCCCUGAAUACGGUUCUCCCUGCUACCCGUACUUGAGCUGCACCGAAUACCGUCACUUCUGGAUCAGCUGGAUUGGCGGAACUUUAGAAGUAGGUCAAGGUCACUAUGUUGGGGAGCAAGUUAUGCUGUCUUCAGGUACCUAUACUGCAUGGUUAAACUUCAAGCCAAUAUUCAUUGGAUUCAAAUCUGGACAUGGUUCCUCUGGUAAAUGGAUGAUUGAUGAUAACCCACCGCAUUCUGGAUACUUCUUUGAGAUGGCCUCGGAGAAGAACAAGAUAAUGACCCGCCCGCUUUUUCGUUCUUUGACCUCGAGAAGCAAGACCGACUGCGUUGCAAUGUGUCAACGUCUUCGCAUGUGCAAAAGUCUCACUUACAGAGGGUCCGACAAGACCUGCCAUCAGCACACUGACAUCCCCCGGGCGCAUGACUUCGUCGGUGAAGAUGGUUGGGUAACCUUGGUUCUUGAUGAAACCAGUCCUUAAAUUAUGCAAUGGAACUCCAUAACACGUCUACGAUAAUAUGUCUUUCUAUUUUCUUUCUUUUCCACAGACAUUUUGUUUUUUACGCCCAAUGGAAUAUGUUUCAUUAUUGACACUGGUUAUUCUCUGGCGUUGACAUUGUGUUUUUGUUUGAUUGUCGUCGCCUCGUCCGUCCGUUAUCAUUUUGUUUCCGGAGCACAACCUCGAAACCGUUGUUUAUGUUUUGCAAAAGUUAUCCAACUUUGGGGGCCUUUUCCCUAAUGUAUAUGUACAGAUAUUGAUUAUACGGUUACGAUUGUUGUAUUUAAUAUGAAUAGGAUAAAACACGUCCGAGAGUUGUUAUGAUAUUUAAAACCCGCAUCCUAAGGGAUUUUUCCGAGGGAAAGGGUUUUAAAUAACAUAACAACCCGAGGGGAAGUGUCUUUCUUAUAAACCGAUUUUGAACCUUAAAAUUAUCCCCAAACUAAAUUUCAACCCAUUAUAAGUGUACAAUAAAGCAAGUCCAAGGGGUCUUAUCACAUUUAAAACACGCACCCCAAAGAUAACGGUUUUAGAUAUCAUAAAACCCCGAGGGUAAGUGUUUUUAUAUAACUUAUUAACCGAAAAAAGAAACUUAAAACAACAUUUAUCAACAUUUUUAUGUUUCGAAUAUUCUUUCCAUGAACCUUAGGAAACAGGCGUAAAAUAUCUGUUGCUGGCGUACGGAUCUUGAAAAGGACAUUCUAAAAAGCAGUGCGGCCUAUCAACGCCUCUGUAGCCUUGUGGUACACUCACUGGGCUACAGAUAUGAAGGUUGCGAGUUCGAUGCUCGGGAGUAUAAAGAAAACAUUUGUCAUUUCAUUACAUGUUACAAUCUGAACGGAAGUUAUAUUUAUAAAAUAUCCAGGACAUUAUAUAAAAUCCCUGGGACAUUACAACACAUUACAUAGCAAAUAUAACUUGAAUAUCCUAUAAAGUCACGGGAAUAUUACAUAAAAUCCCAUGGUCAUUACAACGUACAAGUUUAUGAGAUUUAACCCGACUGGAGAACAUUAGGAUGACGUCACCGGAGGUUGAAACGGUUCGGCAAACCUAUUCCAUGCCAACCAGGGAACGCCAAGGUUAUUGCCUUAUGUAAACGGUUUUCCAUCAAACCAACACCAUAGGGAUACAGGAAUGUUAUACUCCGUCAAAACAAUAGACACCACCAGAUUGUCCCAUGAGCCACCGACUUCGAUUCUGGGCAUACCACUCUAGGCAAGUUAAUAAUUAAAACUAUACAUUUGUAAAACAUCAUAUGGGCAAGACCAGAACCAAUUUGAUAUCAAUCAUGACGAACUCAGGGUAAUGCCCUGGAAAUAGGACAAGUAAAAAGACUGAACCGUGAAGAAAAUUCUCUUCUUUGUUCAGACUUUCAGAGUGAGCAGACAUGCGACAAAGAGGUCUUAGAGUUAAGGUUCAAGAUUAGCAUGAUUUGCAAUUAAGAAUUGAACGUCAGUUUGGAUGUGUUCAUUGAAGUGUUAACCAUUUAAAAGCGCUGGUUAAACUGUGUGAACCUCCGAGCUUGAAUAUUCAGCAUCUUUAUAUCAAUUAUUAAAACAGCAGCAGUAGCAGAACGUGUCCUGUAGGUUUGUUGUUUUACGCGCACUCAGCAAUAUUCAAGCUAUGUAUAUGACGGCGGUUGAAAUGAAAACCAUCAAGACCAGAUUUUACAGAUAUUUACAUCCAAACAGUCGUAUGAAUAUGUUGAUCAACUACAAACGUAUGCUAACAGUUAUAACGACACCUAUCAUAAAACCAUUGGUAUCGCUCCCUCUGAAGUGACCGUAAACAAAGAAACUGCUAUCUGGUGGUGUAUGUAUUGGCCAUAAAAUAAUAUAUUGGCCCAAGAAGAAUGUAAAAGAAGUCACCACAAAAACCCUUCCAAUAUAAAGUGGGAGAUCGAGUCAGGUUGACUCAUCUCAUUAAAAUAUUUUUCCCGAGAAUACGAUGAAGAAUAGACAGAUUUCUUUAUAGAUAUUUUACCAUAUCUGAGUAAAUACUACGAAGGGGUCUACCUGUCUACAGAAUCAAAGAUUACGAUGGUGAAGACCGGGUGAAAAGGAACUAAUCAACAAUAUUAUCUGAAAUGGCUACAUUGAACUAAGAAAUUAAAUUCAUGGAUCAAAGCUUCUGAUGUCAAUGCAUUGUAAAUAAAUGUAUUGUACACGUAAAGGUAGACAUAAGUUAGGCCCCGAAUCUGUAUACACCUGAUAUAUAUAUUUCAUGUAUGCCUGAGCUGGAAGGUCCGCUCAUCGCUGUGUUUGUGUUGUCAGAGCAGGUAUUCCGCUCAUUGUGCAAUUGUUGUUUAUUGUUUACAUGUUGUGCAU